AUGAAAGAUAAAUCUUAUUUAUUUGAAUUUGAAUUUAUAGAUUUUAUGGAGGAUUUAGCUAAAGCUCUAGCAGAUUAUCAUGAUCCACGUAUAGAUCUUGUUCAUAAACAACAUUUACAUGAACAAUUAAAUAGAUUUUUAAUUGAUCCAAAUUCCUGGCAAAUAGCAUUAGCAACAUUCCAACAACAACAACAACAACAACAUCAAAACGUAGUGCUAUCACCACUACUAAUCUAUUUUUUACUUCAAGUACUUGAACACUCAAUUCGUCAUCGUUACGGCGAUCAACAACAAAUUCGUCAGAUACUUCUGUGGCUCUUUCUUCAUCUAUUUGAUGCAAUCCCUGUCUUUGUUCGUUCGAAAUUGUGUUUACUUAUUGUACAAAUUGUUCGUUGUGAUAUUCAAUGGCCAUUCGAUGAAUAUUUUCAAACUUGUUAUCACUUAAUGGAAACACAACCAUUUUUGGGUUUAUUACUUUUAACGACCACCAUCGAAGAACUUGGUCAAUUGAAUGAAGAUUGUACUAUAAAACGAUGCAAUCAAUUAAAAACUAUACUCAAUCAACAUGUACCACAUAUUCUUCAAAUUAUUCAUGUUCUAAUAAAUAAACAGGAUCAUGAAUUAAAAGAUGCAUUAUUAAUAAAACAACAGGUAUUAAAAUGUUUGGAUCGUCUUAUAAAUCGUCUUUCAAUUCUUCCAUUACCAUCACAAUUAAUCAAUGAUCUAUUUCAAUAUGCAUUAUCAACAUGGUCCAUAGAUGCUCUAAAUUGUAUUCAUGAAUUAAUACUAAAACAACAUCUACCACGACAAUAUGAUGCCAUUCUUCAUGCAUCACUUCGUCAUGUUAUUCAAUUGAUUUUAAUUGUCGAGCAAAAUCUAUCGGCAACAAUUAUAAAUAAACUAACUGAAAUUUUACAUUCGUUAUUUAAUUUACAUUUAAAACGAUGUGAAUCUAUUGAGAAUUUUCCAAUGUUUGAAUUAUUAACUGGCUUCUAUAAAUUUACUUUGCAACAAACAACGCAAGAUGGAUUUUAUGCUUGUUUGGAUAUUUGGUCCAUAUUUAUUGAAUAUAUAAAAACAAAUGAUGAAAUUCGAAUUAUGAAUAAAGAGAAUUCAUUAGAAAAAUAUUCUCAAGUUUUAAGUUCAUUAAGUCAAGAAUUGAUACAUCGAAUUCAUAAUGGACAAACAAUUAUAAACAACUUAGAAGAAACUACUGAUUUAAAUGAUUCUGAAACAGCAAUUGAUCGAUAUAUACGAGAAUCUGUCGAUAUACUUAGUAAAUUAGCUGACAUUCCUAUUCUUUCAUCAAACAUUUUAAAUCUAUUGGUAACUCUUUUACAACCUGAUAUUGAAAAAUAUAAAAGCAUGCAAAAAUUAAUUCAAACUUCACCAGAUUCUUCACAGCAAUAUCUAUUAAUAAAUGAUGAAUCUAUGCGUGUUUGCAGUCAAGUAUUAAAUAGUCUUAAUUAUUUACUUUAUACAUUUUCACGUAUUGCAAAUUCAUGUCUACUGGAUAAUAACAAUCAACAACAAAGUCAUUUUCAAACUAGAUUAACACUUGUACAUCAAUUUGUUCAAUUAAUUAUUUAUAUAAUUCAUAUUCGAUUUGAUUUAAUACAUUGUUCAUCAAAACAGUUACAAAAUGAGUUUAUUAAUGUUCAAACACGAGCUUUUGAAUGUGUCAACAAUUUAAGUCAAUGGCUUAGUCAAAUGUUAGUACUACAUAAUUCCAAUCAAGAUAAUCGUCGGUUGAUUCAAGAAUUAAUCGCACAUAUUAUUGAUAAUUGUGCACCUCUAAUCGAUAGUAAUAACUACGAUAAAUCUAUUUCUAUAUCAGUUGGUUCUAUUCUUAGUUCUCUUAUUCCUCUAACUCGCCAGCAUAUGAGUUUCAAUGAAAUGAAUUCAAUUAAACAUUUAAUCCAUCGUAUUUUGUCAUGGAAUGUUAUGUCUAACUUAAAAACUAAUUUUCAACUUUACAAAUUAUCCAUAAAAAUAGUACUAUUACUAAUAUUAACAGAACAACAAUCAGCGGAACAUUUUUUGCGUACAAUUUUCCAACCGUUAAAUAUAAUUUUGAGUGAGCCAACAACUUUUUUCAAUCAACAACAGGAACCCGGUUCACUGCGUCGUACAUUUCUUGAAUAUACAAUAUUACUUACAGAAGUAAUUGAAUCCAUUCGUACAGAAAAUAAUAAAAUACGUCAGCAUCUUUUUUCAUCAAUACAACAUUUAAUUAUAAAUUUAAAUCUUUUCCUAUCUGUUAUUAUCAAUCGCGAUACAGAAUGUGAAACAGUACUUAUAUCAUUAUUAUUAACUUGCUUUGAAAUACUGCGAACACAAAUGGGUACAGAAUUAAUCAAUACUAUUUUACAAACAUCAUUUUCUGUAUUUAAUAUUGAAAAUAUUCGAAAUGUUCUUCGCGAACCUAAACCAACAGCUCAUACAGCUGUUUCAAGAUUUCUUGAGUUUCUCUCAAUACUUGUUAAUGAGCCAGGAAAUAGUAAAUUAGCACAACGAUUUCUACCUACAAUCAUUGAAUUAUGUACAACAGCUUUAUAUCCAGCCAUUUGUGAAAAUUUUGCUUUAGAUAUUCGAGAGAAUUAUUAUAAACUUGUUCAUAAUCUAUUAAUUAAUAAUUGGCGAUAUUUUUUCAAAGGAAAUGUUUUAACAACAUUGAAUGGAGAUACUGAAACAACUGCUAAUGAACAUAGUUUUAUUCAAUUAAUGGAGAGUAUUGCAUGGUCAUUUUCUCAAUCCGAUAUAGAACAAUUUCGUACAAAUUUAUCAUCGUGUAAUGAACUUCAAUUAAAAUGUGGUCUCUAUACAAAAUCAAUAUUUCAUCAACACAUGUCUCAAGCAUUGCUAUCCCUUUUACUUACGGUUUUACUUGUUCGAUCUCAUGAACUAUGUCGGGAUGAUAUUAUAUCAACAUUAUUUUAUAUAUUAACAAAUGAUAAAACGAAUAAUUUCGUUUAUUUUAUUCAGAAUUAUUUAGAACAAUCAAAUAUAAAAAUAGUUUUAAGUGACAAAUAUAAACAUGCUCUAUUAGAAAAUUAUGGUCGAAAUGAAACGGAUUUACCAUCAUUUGCAGAAAAUCUUAAUAAUUUCAUACAUGAUUACCGACAUCAUACAACGACGAGUUCACUUUAA